CUCGAUGUCAGGUAAAUAAGUGAGAGGUUCUAAAGCAAGGUGGUUUCAGUGUGUACUUGUUGAUUUUCAUUAAGUCGUUCAUGUUAUUAUCUUAAUGAGUUUACAAAAUGUCUGUUAAAUCGUUUUCGCAGUUACAAUUAAAUCCUUGGAUAAUUCGUCAGUUGAAGAACAUAGGUAUUUUAGAACCUACACCUAUUCAGCAAAAUUGUAUUCCAGAAAUUUUCAGUGGUAAAGAUGUGAUUGGUGUCGCAAAAACGGGCAGUGGAAAGACCUUGGCAUUUGCUCUUCCUAUUUUACAACAUUUGGUUGAGGAUCCCUAUGGAAUAUUUGCUGUCAUUAUUACACCAACCAGAGAGCUAGCUCAUCAGAUUGGUGAUGCAUUCUCUGUGGUUGGUAAAUGUAUGAACCUGAGAGUCUCUAUAAUUGUAGGAGGUGUAGAAAUGAUUUUACAAGGACAAGAACUUUUAAAAAAACCUCACAUAGUGGUAGCUACACCUGGUAGAUUAUAUGAUCAUCUUUCCAGUUGUAACACAUUUAACUUCAGUAAAAUAAAAUAUUUAGUUCUUGAUGAAGCUGACAAGCUCUUAGGAGGCCCAUUUGAUGAGGAAAUUUAUGGUAUUAUAAAAACUUUGCCUUCCAACCGACAAAUGUUACUGUUUAGUGCUACCAUGACUGAUACAUUAGAUCAAGUUAAAGCAGUAGCUAGGAAAGAAGUUUUUCUAUGGCAAGAAGUAGCAACCGUUGCUACAGUUGAACAAUUAGAACAAUUUUAUGUUUUUUGCCCAGCCUACGUAAAAGACGGAUAUUUGGUUGAGACUUUAAGAAGAUUCAUUGCGAAACAUGAAGAUACCUCAAUAAUACUCUUUGUUGAUACAUGUAAGAAUUGUCAUUUGCUCUCGGUUACUUUGAAUAUUCUUGGUUUUAAAAAUGUUCCUCUUCAUAAAAUGAUGCCACAAAAAGAAAGACUGAAUUCACUAUCCAAGUUUAAAUCCCAUAUCGUUCCACUUCUGGUAGCUACUGAUGUUGCCAGCCGUGGUCUAGACAUACCAACUGUUGAAUUGGUACUGAAUUAUAAUGUGCCAAUUAUUCCUAAAGAUUACAUUCAUCGAGUAGGACGUACUGCACGUGCCGGAAGAAAAGGUUAUGCAAUAUCAUUAGUUGUUCCUGAAGAAAUAAAAUUAUUACAAUCUAUUGAAGAAACAAUAAAUACUAAACUUAAGGAAUUUACAGUUAGCAAUAAAGAAGUAGCUAAAAUAUUUGCUCAGGUCUCAAUCACUAAAAGGGAAUGUGAAAUUGAGUUUGAAGAAUCUGAAUUUCAUGAACGAAAAACUAUAAAUAAAAGGAAAGAUUUAAUCCUGAAGGGGAAAGAUGUAUCAAAUCUAGAACAACGAAUAUUGAAUAAGAUUAAGGAAAAGCGGCUUACACAAUUGAAAAAGAAGAAACUCAAACAAAUUAAGAAAAUGCAAAAAGUUACCGACAGUUAAAUAUUUUAUCUAAAUUACUUAUGUCAUUAAGUCUUUUGUAAUGUUAUAUAAAUUAUUUUUACAAAUCAAGAGAAGGUUUGCAUUAACUGAUAAAUGACUACUUUAAAGAUUUUUGUCUGUAACAAAAAUAGUUAAAUUAGCUAGUUUCAGAUAUAAUCUAAUGCAAAACUUGUAUUGUUUAAACAAAAGUGUAAAUAAUUUUAAAUGUAUUUUCUUAUAAUAAAAUUUAAAUAUGUUUUCAAUCUUUGAGCAUAUACAAAUAA